GGAACGAUGACGCGAGUUUACAUACACGUUUGCUAUUAGUAAAUCGUAUAAGUGUAUGUAAAAUAGGAAUAAACGUUUUAUUUUUCGACGUAAAAAGUAAAGGGACUCUGUGCGUGGCAUUGUAAUUGGUUGUGUCCAUGAAUCGUCGAUUGCCAGCUCUAGAGCAGAAGCGAGACAAGACAAGACAAUAUAGGAUAAGAAGUAGAGGAUUCAGCUCAAUUGUUGGUUGGUUGUUUGGCUUAGUUUAUUUUAUUUGUCAACUCACAUCGUGGUCGCCAGUGUCGGCAUUCAGGCCAUGUGAAUAAAAGGAGAGGGAGUUGGGUGCAAAAGAGGAAGUUCUGAUGUGUAUUAUACGGGUCUCUGUUAUGUUGGGCCCCACCAUACUCGCCUAUCACUCAAUUGCCUUUAAAUAUACAAGUUCUAUUGGAGGUUCCCUCAGUUUGGUACACCACGUGUCGCUUGCCGUGGUAAAAAAAAAUUAAUUGGGUUUUUUUAAUUAUUUACUUUUUUUCCGUACUUAAACUCGAUAUUGAUGUCAUUAAUAUUGAAUGUGUGAACGAUAAGUUAAUUUUAAUUAUUUCGAAUCACACAAUAUUUAAAAAAAUCAAAAGUCCUUAUUUUUUUAUAAAAAUGUUUGUUUGAUUUAACGGAUUAACAAUGCGCUUGCUUAAUUUUUUUUCGUGUUCCGCACGCAGUGAAAAUGAUAUUGUUCCCGAAAAAGGUAACAAAGAAAUUGAAAGUCAAAGGUGUGCACCUGAAAAAGGAAGUCAAUGGUUACAGUUUAUCGCAGCAAUCAGUGCUUGCCUAGCAGUUAUUGCCUGUGGAGGUCAUCUUGGGUGGACAUCUCCAGCUUUGCCUCAUCUGACAGACCCGAGCACCCAAGGCUCGAUAACCAAGAGUCAAGGUUCGUGGGUGGUGACCUUGUACACAGUUGGUGCAAUAAUCGGGUCACUGAUAAGUCCCGUGAGCAUAGAUCGGAUUGGACGAAAAUAUUCGCUUCUAAUACUGGCUUUUCCCCAGCUUGUUGGCUGGUGCCUCAUUAUCUUUGGCAGCAACGUUAAAAUGCUAUACGCCGCACGUUUAAUUGCUGGAAUUGGACACGGUGGUAUUUACAAUGUCACGGUAAUUUAUCUCGCGGAAAUAGCGGAUAAAAAUAUUCGGGGUGCUCUGGGGACAUUUUUAAAAAUGUCGACAAAUGUGGGGACACUAUUCGUGACAGCAAUAGGGGCUUAUUUGCCGUACUGGCAGCUGAAUCUAAUUUCACUUUCAAUACCGCUGUUGUUUAUAAUAGUCUUUGUGUUUAUGCCAGAGACGCCGUACUUUUAUUUAAUUAGAAAUCGAGUGGCCGACGCGGAGGAAAGUUUGAUGGUCCUCAGGAGAUUGAAGAAUCGAGAGAGUGUGAGGGAGGACAUUGAAGUGAUGAGAAGUGCCGUCGAGGAGGGCAAGAGGUCAAAGAAAAAUUUAUUUUUGGAAUUAGUAAGGACUCGUGGUAAUAGAAGGGCAUUGUUGAUACUAUUGGGGCUUAAAGCAACUCAACAGUUUUCGGGACAUAUAGUUGUAGUGGCUUACACUCAAGAGAUAUUUGCUCAAAGUGGCUCAGCUUUGCCGGCAGCGCAGGCAGUAGUUGUCCUGGGAGUAUUUCAGCUGAUAGCUGGGAUCCUUGCUGCGGCUCUUGUUGAUCGGCUUGGCAGAAGAAUUCUGAUGCUUACUUCUGGUCUGUCAUCCUCAAUAGCUCUGAUCGCGGUUGGUGUCUUCUUCUUCCUUAAGUACAAACUUCAGAUGGAUGUAUCAUCGAUAACCUGGCUGCCAAUCGUGGCUUUGAUUGCUUACGACGUAAUGGAAGUUUUUGGUAUCGGUACUUUGCCCUACGUUCUCCUGGGUGAGUUGUUUCCGACGAAUGUUAAAGGAACUGCUGUUGGAAGUGGUAUCUUAGUCGGGGCAGCCUUUGCUACGCUCGUUGGUCUUAGUUUUCAAGCAAUGAACAGCGCAUUCGGAAUCCACUGGACAUUUUGGAUUUUUGCCAUCUGUUGUACCCUGGGUACUCUUUUUGUAUAUUUUAUUACGCCUGAAACGAAAGGAAAGUCAUUGGAAGAGAUCCAGCAGGAGUUAAAUCCGAAAAAAAAGUUUACAAGCAAACAUUGAAGAUAAAAUACAUAUUUAAUGAGAGAACAUUUUUAUAAAAUUAACUGUGAUAAUUUUUCAGUGGUAGAUUU